UUAGUUAAUUUAUAAAGAGUUGCUAUAGAAACUUUGUGUCAUGUCAUAAUUUUGUUAUCCCUAAUAUCGAUCACACAACUAAAUAAAGUAUUAUCCUUACUGAAAGUCAUCCACGAGUAAAAUGUCGAACAAACAAGACGCGCUUUCGAAUAGUGGCUCGAAUUCAAGCAUUUACGAUGACGGCAUUUCCGACAAAGACUACGAGAACGAAACUUUCGAGGAAGAUACCCACGAAGACGAUUCAUAUGAGGAAAUGUCUCAAAGCACUUUACAGCGACUAAGGGACUCGCACAAAGCCGGAACAUUUCCCAACAAAACGUUCACUUCGUCACAAAUUCGUGAAAUUGAAAGACAGAAUACAAUCUUGAUGAAUAAAAUCUUAAAAUAUAGUCGUCAGACGAGCAAACCCAAAGUAACACUCCCAAAUAGAUAUCACCCUACCAGUGCGGCAAUUAAUCGAAAGAAAAAUCAGAAGAAAAUCGAUUGGGAAAAUCAGAUUCUUUUGCGAAAAAUUCAAACUGUGAAGCCGUCCAUCAAGUAUUAGAAACAUGUAGAAUGAGACACAGUUGCCAAAUAUAUUUUUUGUAUACAAAUGAUCUAUUAUUGGAUUUUGAUUACAGCAUUUACAACCACAA